UUCGGGGCUUUCCCCCACGCAAACGCCCUCCUGCAACCAUUUUCAGAAACUCUCUCCCCCCAUCGUCACCGCCAUCAACCAUCCCUUGAGAGAGAGAGAGAGAGAGAGAGAGAGAGUGUUUUAGAGAGAGAAUGAAUCCGGAAGCCGAAGCCCACGAGGACCCGAGCCGCGACCCGGAUCCGAACCCCGCGCCGGAGCCCGACAAUGUCGGCGACGGCGGCGGCGGAGGGGGAGGGGGAGGGGACGACGCCCGGGAGCUCCUCUUCUUCGACGACGGCGACGACAGCAACUGCUACCCUUACGUCAGCGCGCCGUCGAGCCCCGGCCGGGGCUCCGGGCACGUCGGCGGCUACUUCUACAGCGCGCCCACGAGCCCCAUGCACUACAUGCUGUCGUCCUCGCCGUCGUCGUCGUCGGCGGCGGCGAUGAUGCGCGCGCAGCCCCGGGCCUCUGAGAGUUCCGUGUCGUUCGAGUUCGAGUUCUCGUCCCGAUUCGGGUCGCCCGGGUCGGGCCAUCCCGGGCCGAUGAGCUCGGCGGACGAGCUGUUCCUGAACGGCCAGAUCCGGCCCAUGAAGCUCUCGACCCACCUGGAGCGGCCCCAGGUGCUGGCCCCUCUGCUGGAUCUGGACGAGGAGGAGGGCGGGAAUGGCGGGGACUUCCGGGGCAGGGAUCUGAGGCUGAGGAGCAAGUCGGUCCGCCGGAGGACCAGGUCCAUGUCGCCUCUCAGGAACAUGCCGUUCGACUGGAACGACGAAGAAGAAGAGGAGGAAGAAGACGCGGAGAAUCUCGACGAAGAGCGAGGCGACACUUCGAAGGUGGAGUCCCUGUCCUCUGAAACGACGCCGUCGGUCUCGGCCUCGUCCUCGAGGUCGUCGUCGGCGGGUCGGAGCUCGAAGAGGUGGGUGUUCCUGAAAGAUUUCCUGAGGAGCAAGAGCGAAGGGAGGAGCAACAACAAGUUCUGGAACACGCUCUCGUUCUCGCCGGUCAAAGAGAAGAGAGACAAAGAGAGACCCGCUGGCUCCGCCUCGUCUUCGACCUCGAAGGAGGGUAAAGUCCCGAGCUUGUCUUCGGCAUUCAGGGUUGCCGGAAGUUUUCUCGACGCCGAGAAAAUCAGGAAAGGUGGUGGUAGCGGCGGCGGUUCCGGGAAGAAGUCAGGUGGGAAGAGGCCGGUGAACGGGUCGUCGGCUGGGAAGAGGAGGGUCCCGCCGUCGCCGCACGAGCUGCAUUACACAGCGAACAGGGCCCAGAGCGAAGAGAUGAGGAAGAAGACGUUCCUGCCUUACAGGCAAGGCCUGCUCGGCUGCCUGGGGUUUAGCUCAAAGGGCUACGGUGCCAUGAAUGGAUUUGCUAGAGCUCUGAACCCUGUAUCUUCCAGGUAAAAAAAAAAAAAAAAAAAAAAAGAAGGAAAAACAAAAAGAGAUUGUGCUCUUAGGGUUUCUUCAUAAUAAACUGUAUAGAUCUGGGCUUUUUUCUUCCUUAUCUUUUUUUUUUUUUUUUACUUUGGCUCUUUUUUGUUUAGUUUUUUGGAUCAAGAUUUGAUGGGUCAUUAGUGUACACUUAUGGUGACCCUCUCUGUUGACGAUGAGCCUUCUCUUCCUGUUUACUAGAGAAGAAGAUAUGCCCUCAGAUUAUUAUUUGGGGUUUAUAUUCUAUUAAUAUGAUGAUUUGUGUCCCCCCCAGUUACCUUGCAUCGGCUGGUGAAUCAGGGGUAGGUUGCCACACUUUUA